UAGCCGCUUUUAAUUUUCGAUACAUUUUUUUGUUAAGAAGCGCUAGGGGAAGUCGUCUUCUAUCUUUUUUUUCUUUUCUUUUUUCUUUCUACAACAGAUACACAUGUUCUGUUCACUAUCCUCUGUCAGCGGACUGCGAAACGAAAUCAACCGCGUGCAAUCGACGCCUGGCAAGAAAGACCCGUAAAUUGAUACCGACUAACAACACGCGAUUGGUUGUUCUCUGUCACGUGACCCUAGCUGAUGAAUAUGUUUCUGGAGCACAGCAUGAAAUAGCUACGGGACUUGUGUUCGGUGCGCGUGUAUUUUUACAAGGACGGCUUUAUCAAACCCGUACAACAUCGAAGGUUUUUACUAGUGCAUUCGAUUAGGCCAUGUUGGAUUCGUACCGUUAUUCUGCUACUGAGUGUGGCAUGAGCUACAAUGGAAUCGGCAAAUAACAUUCUGGCUCACCCAGGGCUAUCGUUCUACCCCACCAUCACGAGUUCGGGAAUUCUUCCGGGCAGUCCCGGGGGCCAGGACUCUGUGGCGCGGUCGGCGCUGUCGUCGGGACAAAACGCGUGGGCCGGCUACGGCAACGACGGUCUCGGUCCGCACAACUCGUGUGCCAUGAGUUCGUACUCGAACCUCCAGCUGGGCCCGUCGUUCUCGAUGAACAGCAAGGCCGCCUAUAACACGGCUUUCGGUGGGGACUACCUCAACAGCUGCCGGCAGAUCCCCCAGCUAGGGGGCAUGAACUCCCUGCCCAUGCGCAACUACUCCUCGCUCUACAGCGAGAUGUACAACCCCGCGCACCCCCCUACUUACCCUAACGGUGGAUUCUAUCCUGAGAUGACCCCGGGGGCACUGCCGCUCCACGCCAGGGAGCUCAACUGUUCCAGCGGCCAGUCAGACUCGUCUGUGCAGGAGACCAAAGGACGGAAGAAAAGAAAGCCGUAUACACGCUACCAGACAAUGGUUUUGGAGAACGAGUUUCUCAAUAGUUCCUACAUUACAAGACAAAAGCGGUGGGAAAUAUCGUGCAAACUCCAAUUGACUGAAAGACAAGUGAAAGUGUGGUUCCAGAAUCGACGCAUGAAAAGAAAGAAACUGAACGAACGCGUGAAAUCGCGCCAACGGGACGAAGACACUGUUACAAAAAUAGAACCACACUCACAAGUGGAACACAAUGUACAAGUGUGACGUCAUUUCCGGUAGCAAAAUUACGUACUUAGAACCUUUGUUGUGAAUGUGUAUUGAAACGAGUGCAGCAAUCCACUCGUUAAAUGAAUAUUUAAAAAACAAAACAAAAAAUGAAAGUAUAAUAAAACAGCCGAAAUCGAGUGCAUGCAAUAAAGCUCAGUGUCACUUCUGCAACGGUGUGACGUAAUUCCAGGAACAUCAUUCUGUUAAUGACGUCAGGUAUAUGGUAAUGAGGUGAGAUACAUGUUAAUGACGCAAGGUGCAGAUGUUCAUGAUACUGGAAAGUGAGAAAGGGAGAUGUGUCACGACCGAUCGUUCGCGCACACGGGUACAAGAUCGAAGUCUGGUAAACUAGACUAGAGUUCAGAGUAGCAAUGGCUACGAUGCUCAUAUGGUAUUCGUUCUCGUGAAAAACUGUUAAACAAUGAAAAACCACAUUUUACGUCACAAAAUACGUCAUCUGUAUGGUGAAAUAACGUCAUGUUCAUACGCCAACGAUUGUGUUACAAAUGAUUGUGCUAUAGAAUCCUUAAACAUCACGUGUGCAGGAAUGAAUUUAAGGGAACAUAACCAUGUGGGGGAGGGGGAUUCUGUAGUGAAAUGGGAGGCAACUGAGCCUUCUCAGUUUUAUUGUUAGUUUUAUUUUAGUAGCCAUUGUCUCAUAAAAAUAUCAAGAAUAUGAUAAAUUGUUCAUUUUAGCAGGUGAUUUAUAAUAUAAGUUUAUACUAUGACGAACAAAAAUAAUUCCUGAUCCAUUUAUAUAAGUUAAGUUACUAGAAUUUUCGUAUUCGA